GAACCAUCCAAGCUAGCUAGCGCGCGCGGCCUCACCAACCACGCAAGCCCGUAGUUAAUUAGUUCGCCGCACUAUCACGGCGCAUUAUUUGCCACCACUGACAGCUCACUCUUCUUCUUGCUGCUGCGAGCUUGCGAGCUAGCUCGCCAGUCCACUUCGUCGGUGCGGCAGUGUCGGUGUACCUUGCCCGGAGAGGCAUGGCGUCGACGCGGCUGCGGCUCGUCGCCGUCGUCUUGCUGCUGGCCUGCGUCGUGCUGCCGGCGCGGGGGCUCAACAUCACGGCCAUGCUGAAUGGGUACCCGGACUACAAGCAGUUCAACAAGUACCUGUCGGAGACGAAGGUGUGUGACGAGAUCAACGCGCGGGAGGCGAUCACGCUGCUCGUCCUCGGCGACGGGCCCAUGUCGACGCUCAUCCUGGACGCCGACCAGUCGCUGGCGGGGAUCAAGAACGCGCUGCGCCUCCACGCCAUCCUCGACUACUUCGACCCCAAGAAGAUCCGCGGCCUCCCCGAUGCCGACACGCUCACCGACACGCUCUACCAGGCCGGCGGGGACGCCGCCGGCAAGAUGGGGAACGUCAAGAUCACCACCACGGACAGCGGCAAGAUCGCGUUCGCGUCGGCUAACCCCGGCGGCAAGUACGACGCCACCUUGGUCAAGACCAUCAAGCAGAUGCCAUACAAGCUCGCCAUCAUGGAGAUCUCGGCGCCCAUCGAGUUCGACGGGCUGUUCGACACCCCGUCGGCGACCAACCUCACCAGGCUGCUGGAGAAGGCCGGGUGCAAGCGGUUCGCGGCGCUCAUCACCAGCACCGGCGUGCUCAAGACGUACGAGUCGGCCAUGGACAAGGGGCUCACCCUGUUCGCGCCCAACGACGACGCGUUCGACGCCAAGGGCGCGCCGGACGUGAAGAAGAUGCCCAGCGCCGACCUCAUCGCGCUCCUCAAGUACCACGCGCUGCCGUCGUACAUUCCCAAGCCGUCGCUCAAGACGGUGUCGCGCGCCAUGCGCACGCUGGCAUCCACCGCGUCCGGGAACUACAACAUCACGGUGGACACGCAGGGCGACGCCGUGACGCUCAAGACGGGCGUCGACAAGUCCCGCGUGGCGGCCACGGUCAUCGACAACACGCCGGUGUGCGUGCUCACGGUGGACAACCUCCUGAUGCCGGUCGAGCUCUUCGGCGACGCGCCGGCGGCAGCCCCGAGCCCGGACGACGCGGCGCCAGCCCCGUCGCCGUCGGUCGCGGACGCGUCUCCGCCGGCGCCGCCACCGGCGGACGCGCCGUCGAAGCCGGCGGACCACAAGCAAAUGAAAGCAUCAUCCGCAUUCGCAUUGCGGUCAGUCGUCGGUGCAUUCGCCGGGGCCGUGUGCUCCAUCGUGCUGCUUUAAGCACAAGCUUCUUCUUCUCCUUCUUCUUUCUUUCAUGUCCAGUGCCGGUGAUUGCGAUUGCACGAGUGCUGCAUCGCCAUUAUUCGAUUGUAUAAUGCGAGCAAACCGUGUACAUUUUGUUCUGAUCCUGAUGUCUUGUCUGAUUCGGCCAGGGCGCCAUUUCGUGCGGUGAAGAA